AUGAGAUUAAGAUCAGUUGAAUGAGCUGAGUUGAAGACCCAGCCGUACAAUAAUAUUACAGGGUACAGGCAUAAACAAUAGGGAAUAACUAAUAUCACAGGAAAGGGGUCUCUCGUCUGUAGUCAAUACACGACACGCAUUCCAGCACCAUCAAGGUUCCUUUUAUAGUUGUCAAGCUUGCUCUAAGCUGCGGACCAUCUUAGCAUUUGUUCGCAGUGAGCCUGAUCGCUAUAAAGACUCAUCAGCCGCCCCAUUCGCCUUCGUGUGGUUCCGGAUGCCACAGGGCCCAUGAGAUAGGAGUAAUCCGGGGCAUGAAUCAAAACCGCAGUCCCGCUGCGUUCCAUGUCUCUUCAGCAAGCUCAUAAAUGCGUUGGCCAGCAGAUUCGGUUCCAACACCCGACGAUGCACCACGCUCUACCUCUAAAAUUAUGGCGCAUGGGGGUAAACGCCAGAGGUGGAGGCUUGACUGGGCCGACUUUCUUGAGGGACCCAUGCUCGUUAAAGACAAGGCCAUGCUGCACUGCCUCUGCCGUCAUCCCCACUCCCACAACAUCUCCCCCGAUUGCCGCCUUUCGGUUAUCCAUGGAGAUGGUUCCUCAUCCCCGCAGGCCGUGGCCGCUCCUGGUGAUGCGCUUGAUGAUUUCCCGGUUUAUCCGGUUGGUAAACUCGGGGAAGGAGAUGGCCUUUGCUGCCAUCUGCACACUUCGUGCAAAGUUUAGGGAUGACCCCAUGUAUGCCAACACUAUGUCAGCGUUUGCCUCCCCCCC